AUGGGCGACGCUUGCCUGGAGAUUGACGAUCAUGACGAUAGCGAUGGUAAUGACCCUGCUAUCACCCGACAGUUUUGGGAAUCUAUUCCCAAUUGCGUCACAAAGGCAGCUCGAUUGCUCUUCGAGAAAAGAUCUCUCGCCCCCUUUCAAUACUCAAAGAAUACAAGGCACGAAAAGGGAUUUGCAGUUUGUCCAAAUUUUCGGGCGCUGUUUUUUGGUCUCCUGAUUUCCGGUCGCCUCACUAUUGUUGACCAAAAGAGCGCAUUCUCUGACAUGCGCGCGAGGAAAAGUUUCUGUUUGGAACGGCACGACCUCGACCAACGCGGAAUGCAUGUCGAACGCGCCCUGGGCGAGGAACAUUUUAACUGUCUUGUCAACUUGCCAUACGCCACCUUUUCUCGAAUUCUCUACCGCCGAACACCAAAACGAAGUUAA